UGCUGUUUAACACGGACCGGUCCGGCGAGUAACCUUGAUCCUUUCUCGAGUCGUCGUACGUGACAGCCGCGUUCGUGUUCGCUCCAAGUCCGGAGUACCGGGACCGGUUAGUGCCGUUCGGUGCAUCGUCGAGGCAACAAGUGAAACAACGCGACACGCAGUUACUUCCGAGUUCCUGUGCGAUACACAAAAUGAAGAAGUUCGUAUGUGCUCUCGUCCUCGUGACAAGCCUUGUCGCCUGCGCGCAAGCUCUUCCAGGUGGGCGACAUGCAAUCGACGAUUCAAUCGAGGAUGUGGAUGACUUCUAUGACGGCUUUAGUUUUGCGAUGCCGGACUUCUUUGCUGAAACCAUGACCAGACUUAGAAACAAUCUGAUGAGCUACUUCUGGAAUCUGCCCGACAUCACGAACAUGAAGAUCCCUGAGGGAGCAAACACGACUUCCACUGUUAAGAUUAUCGACGGCCAUGUGGUAACGAUCAACGAGACAACGUACUCGUCUGGCGACGCCAACAGCAACACCGCUUUCCGAAUCCGCAUAAUCGACGUGAAGCCGCAAAACGAGACCGUACCGGCGAUCGGCGGGGGUGGAAACGCAGAGCCGACGACGGUGAGGGCGGAAGCACCGGAGAGCGCUGAGUCGGUCGAGGACUUCAACAACGAGAUACCGAAGAACGCGGACACGCUGACUGCUUAGGGGUGGAUCGCGCACACGGGGCACGCCGGAUGACGGCGUGUCACGGGGUCGAUUUUCGGGGGAGGAAGGAACGAUCCUUAUCACGUGGCUGUAGUAGAGUAACUUCUCGAUGCGACACGAGCGCGUCGCGUUAAAGCAACGUUAUAUAUUGUAAUAUAUACGCAUAUAUAUUAUAUAUUAUAUAUUAUAUAUAGCCGUGUGUCUCCGUUGUUCCCUAUCGCUUCUCGAUACGAUCGAUUGUUCACGACGUUUACUCGCGCGUCCUCCCUCUCUCCCUUCCUGGGAGAGAUUUCCGCUUCUGGAUAAGCCGGAGUAUUCCCGAGGAUAUAUGGAUAACGAGUUUUCAGUAAUUAGGAUAAUUAGUUUGUGUAAUUUUGCUUAUACAUUUUGAAGCCCUUAUGGACCCUUUAAAUUAGAGAGUUGACGGGGAUCUGCAGCCAGGUACGUUUCUACGUUCCAAAAGUCGGAUUUUGUACUAAGAAGCGUUCGUUAACGCCGUGCUAUCAAAAUGAAAGAUCAUUUUGAAGUCUCUUGCGUUCAUCAGAUGACUCUAUGCAGAUCCUUCUCAAUUUGUAAUCAUCCGUUCAUCUGACUAUUAGUUUUCGUAAUAUCGCAGAGAAAAUUGGCACUUUGUGGUCUAGUACAGAUUGCAAAAGUGAUGUUUAAUUAUUAAUUACACGUUCCCAUGUACGUAAGAGUCCUCGCUGAUCGUUCUCCCUCGCCUGAAUGCCGGGCGGAAAAGGUGAAAGCGACUGACACACAUCGAAUACGUCACCAACACGCCAGUUCGUUAUACAAAAAGACCGUUUUGCAAUAACAUCGACUCCACCCGAUUAAUUGUAUCAUUUGUCCAUCAACCGCCGCGCCGAACGAAUGAUAUUUACGCGGAACUUACUUUGCUGUAUUGGCCAGCCGUUCAACGUUUGUCACGUAAACGUUUGUGUCACUCGCGUGUCACGCAACUGGAUGCGAAUGCGAAAUGGACUGUAAUCGCUGGUUGUGUCAUAUUACGAUAUUAUUCCGUGUAUCUGUGCAACGCCGCGCUGCGGAGACUUUUAUUCAGUUAAACGAAUGUAAAGUGUCCUGUAAAGUCGAUAUUUAAUAAGCGUAUGUACAACUUCCCACGUACCCUAUCCGACUACGUAUUCCGUCAUUCUCUUUCUUUGAUAACGGAGCCUUUGAUGCAUGAAACAGCGACAAUCGACGUAUAUGUACGGCGAACAUUGGUCGCCGAGUGAAUAAUCACGCUCGUAAACGCUCGUAAAUGAUGUAGCGGAGAGAAGAACGGGGAAAACGUCGCAGAGAAAAAUUUAAAAGCGCUGCGUGUCGCGAUGUUUUUUUUUUAAUAAGCUCAGAGUUAGAAAACGUACGUUCCUGUAGUGCUAUAUUUACGGAUUUUAAUGCGUGCAGAUGUGUCCUUUAUAUCGUAAGUCGUGUUGCAAGCUGGUUAAAGAGCAGUUGAUACAAUAAAAUAUUAUUCCUAUAUUAUUCCUA